CGUGAGCUAUACUUGUCAUCUCCCUCACUCCCAUUUUUCAGAUCUCUCUCUCUCUCUCUCUCUCUCUCUCUAAAAAUGCAAUCAGCUUUCUCUCUCUCCUUCUCACAGUCCUCUCUUACUCUACCCAAUCGUCCGCUCUGUUCACCGAAUGCCGCACCGAGGAAUCUCCGGUUCUGCGGUCUCCGGCGGGAGGCGUUUGGUUUCUCUCCGCCGAAGCAGUUAAACUCUUGCCGUUUCCAAGUCAAAAAUAGAAGGAUCGAAGUCUCCGCCGCUGCUGGUGGCAAUGGAGCUCCUUCGAAUAAGUCCUUCGAUUAUGAUUUGGUCAUAAUCGGAGCUGGAGUUGGUGGCCACGGAGCUGCAUUGCACGCCGUUGAGAAGGGACUCAAAACUGCCAUCAUUGAGGGAGAUGUUGUUGGAGGGACUUGUGUUAACAGAGGAUGUGUGCCUUCGAAAGCUCUUCUUGCUGUUAGUGGUCGGAUGAGGGAACUUCAGAACGAACAUCACAUGAAGUCCUUUGGUCUGCAGGUUUCAGCUGCGGGUUAUGACCGUCAGGGUGUGGCUGACCAUGCCAGUAACCUGGCUACCAAAAUUAGGAAUAAUCUCACCAAUUCUAUGAAGGCGCUUGGUGUUGACAUAUUGACAGGGUUUGGCUCUGUUCUGGGGCCACAAAAGGUUAAAUAUGGAAAGGACAAUGUUAUUACCGCCAAAGAUAUAAUCAUUGCUACCGGAUCUGUACCUUUUGUCCCCAAAGGAAUAGAAGUUGAUGGAAAGACUGUUAUCACAAGUGACCAUGCAUUGAAGUUGGAGUCUGUUCCUGACUGGAUUGCGAUAGUAGGAAGUGGUUAUAUCGGUCUUGAGUUCAGUGAUGUUUACACCGCCCUUGGCAGUGAGGUAACAUUUAUUGAGGCGCUGGAUCAGCUGAUGCCUGGAUUUGAUCCUGAGAUCAGUAAGCUGGCUCAAAGGGUUCUGAUAAAUCCAAGAAAGAUUGACUAUCAUACUGGAGUGUUUGCAAGCAAAAUCACUCCAGCAAAAGAUGGAAGACCAGUGAUGAUUGAGCUGAUUGAUGCUAAAACCAAGGAACACAAGGAUACUUUGGAGGUGGACGCUGCUCUUAUUGCUACAGGAAGAGCUCCAUUCACCAAUGGUCUUGGCCUUGAAAACAUCAAUGUAGCGACACAGAGAGGUUUCAUACCAGUUGAUGAGCGAAUGCGUGUUAUCGACGGAAACGGAAAGCUGGUUCCAAACCUGUACUGCAUCGGUGAUGCCAAUGGGAAACUGAUGCUCGCUCAUGCAGCCAGUGCCCAAGGAAUUUCAGUGGUGGAGCAAGUCACAGGUAGAGAUCAUGUGCUGAAUCAUCUUAGCAUCCCAGCUGCUUGUUUCACUCAUCCUGAAAUCAGCAUGGUGGGAUUAACAGAGCCUCAAGCGAGAGAGAAAGCUGAGAAAGAAGGAUUUAAAGUAAGUAUUGCCAAGACAAGUUUCAAGGCAAACACAAAGGCUCUAGCCGAAAAUGAAGGAGAAGGACUCGCUAAGAUGAUAUACAGACCUGACAAUGGUGAAAUCCUAGGAGUUCAUAUCUUCGGGUUGCACGCAGCUGAUCUUAUCCAUGAAGCAUCCAACGCUAUCGCAUUAGGAACACGCAUUCAGGACAUAAAACUUGCGGUUCAUGCACAUCCAACUCUGUCUGAGGUUGUAGACGAACUGUUUAAAGCAGCUAAGGUCGAAAGUCCAGCUUCAACAACGCCACAAAGUGUAAAAGCUGCUGUAUAAACAGAAUCUUGAGAUCAGCCUGUAACAAAAGUUUUGUGUUCCAAGACAUUUGUGUUUUAGCGACAUUCGCUAUGUAUCCACUUAUGCUUGUUCUAAUGUUUUUCCUUCUUUUUCUUAUUAUAUCUUCGAUCAUUAUUAUAACAGAAUAAAAAAGCAGAUUGUGAC